UUCCUGUUGGCAGCAGUGAGCCGGGGAAGCAGCCACUGAGGGAGGAGGAGGCCGAGGCAGGAGCAGCUGCUCGGUUCUCUGUAGGUUUCCUCCUUCCCGGCCCAGUGCAAAGCGGUCUCAGCAGCCGGGGAGGCCCCAGCGUGGGGACAGUUCGGCCGAGUCUCAGCACGGGGACUCCUGCUCCCUGUCCCGCGAUGCCAGGGAGCGCCCCUCCCCGCGAGGCCCCGCGCACUCUGGGCGCCUGGCUCUGGGUCUGCGCGCUGGGCGUGCUGUGCGCGCUGGGCACGGCGGUGUCCCCGGGAACGCCGCACCCCUGCCAGGCCCCGCAGCAAUGGGAGGGACGUCAGGUCGUGUACCAGCAGAGCACCGGGCGCAACAGCCGGGCGCUGCUGUCCUACGAUGGCCCCAACCAGCGUGUGAGGGUGCUGGACGAGAGAAAGGCACUUAUCCCCUGCAAGAGAUUAUUUGAAUACAUUUUACUCUAUAAGGAUGGAGUGAUGUUCCAGAUUGAACAGGCCACCAAACAGUGUUCGAAGAUCCCCUUGACUAUAGCCUGGGACCCUCUUGAUAUUCCUGACAACUCCACCUUUGAAGAUGAGUACUCAAUUGGGGGCCCCCAGGAGCAGAUCACUGUCCAGGAGUGGUCCAACCGGAAGUCGGCAAGAACCUAUGAGACUUGGAUUGGGGUCUAUACAGCCAAGGACUGUUAUCCCGUCCAGGAAACCUUCAUCCAAAAUUUCAGUGUUGUUCUGUCCACGCGUUUUUUCGAUGUGCAGCUGGGCAUCAAAGACCCCGCAGUGUUCACCCCUCCGAGUACAUGCCAGACGGCCCUGCCUGAGAAGAUGAGCGAGGACUGCGCCUGGUGAGGCGCUGCGGGGACCUCGCUGGGAAGGGAUUCGAGACCGCUUGGCACGCAAGGACGCUUCCCUGCACACGGAGAUAAUAUAGGGACGAUAAACACUGAUAAGAGUU